AAAGAAACAAAGAAAAUGGUGGUUUAUGUGCAAGACAAUGGCGGUGGAGGAAAUGAAUCAGAAAGCUUUGGUUUGAGCUACACAGAGAUUGAAGACAAUCCGGUAGUAGUCAAGGAAGAGCCGGUGGCGGGUGAUGAAAGCUGCGGAGAAGAAGAUGAUCAGCUGCUGGACUUGUUGAAAGCGGUUAAAAAAGAAGAAGACGAUGAAGAAACGGGAUUCGUUGAAGACGGGAACAAAGGGUCAUCGCCGUCGUCGUCUUUGAACUCAUCGGAUGGUUCGCCGAAGCCGGUGGAAGGGUUACAUGAGUCCGGCCCGGCGCCGUUUCUGAGGAAAACGUUCGAGAUGGUGGAGGAUCCGGAUACCGACCCGAUCGUUUCCUGGAGUUUGAACCGUAACAGCUUCGUCGUUUGGGAUUCUUACAGGUUCUCUGAGAUUCUGCUGCCUAAAUAUUUCAAGCACAAGAAUUUCUCCAGCUUCAUUCGCCAACUCAACACUUAUGGAUUUAGGAAGAUUGAUUCGGAUCGAUGGGAGUUCGCAAAUAAAGAGUUUCGAGGGGGGAAGAAGGACUUGUUGAAGAAUAUUAAGAGGAGAAGUAGAUAUACUAAUAAGCAACGACAAGGACUCAUUUGUACUAAUAAUUCAACCGAUGGUAUCGGAUUGGAAUCCGAGGUCGAGGUUUUAAAGAAAGAUCAAUGUUCGUUGCAAAUGGAAGUAUCAGAACUGAGACAACAUCAAGAAGAGUCAGAUCAUCAGCUUAACAUCGUCGAAGAACGGAUUCGUUUCACCGAACGUAAGCAACAACAGAUGUGCAACUUCUUAGCUAAAAUGGCUAGACAUCCAGACUUCAUUUGGCAGUUGGUUAGCGAGAGGAAACAGCAAAAGAGAGAGCUCGAGGGUGGAGAGUUUAGCAAGAGGAAGAGAUUGCUCGAGGCUCGAGUAUCCGAGGAUUACCCUCCGUUGGAAUCGAUUCAAGCUGAUGAGCUCUCAGGGUUCUUGCCUGACUGUAUUGAGAACAACAACCACAUCAGCAUUGACAACCGGACAGAUACUGCAACAAAUGAGGAACUGGCGAUGAAUGAUCCGAACAUUUAUGUUGAAUUAGAGGAUCUUGUGACCUGGAAAGCAUGUAGCUGGAGUGGAUUCCCAAGUGAGCUGGUGGAACAAACUGGAUGUUGAUUUACUUGAUUAAACGAGAAAAAGAAAUCAUGGUUCUUAUAUCCUCUUUUUCAUG